AUGCUACUGUAUGUACCGCUCCUUGGGUUACUGUCAACGCUAGGCCUUUUGGUCGCCUAUUCGUUGCCCGAACGACGCGGCGGCUUCUACAUUAGGAUACCACGCGCAGAGGAUCCGGAGGUUCGUCUUUUCCAAGAAUUUUCUGAAAAAAUUCUACAAUUUAAUAAAAGAUGUGAUAUAACUGUGCAUCAACUGUUUCUUGGAAGAAUUAAUGUGAAAAACUUGUUUGAAAGUAUAAUAGAUCAGUAAAUUUUAUGAGAAAAUGCGGCUGAACGCUUUGAGGAAAAAUAAUUAUAUCUUAUCUCACUAUGAUUCAAGCAUGAUUGAAAGAACUUCAUGUAGAUUCUGAAAUUAUUGAGGACGAUACAAUUUUUCUAGUAAUUUUGUUAAUCAGAACGUCCCUAAAAUUUCCACCUGCUUCUUUUCGAACUCAGAAGUACAAUUUAGAGCCAAAUAAUGAUUAAAGAAAAAUUUACCUGGUCUGUUUUAUAUCGAAAAAAAAGGUUACAAUUGUAUAAAAAAAACUGAAUUUGAGAGCUCAAAAAAAGAACAAUAGCUUAAAAAAAUGAGUUUAAAUUUGAUAGGCCUUCUAUUUUUUUAUUGAUAAAAAGUCAAAACUUUCAAUUUGUACGGGGCCCUAGUUGGUAGCUAAAAUCACCAAAAGGUAAAUUUUGUGCUUAAAAAACUAUCACGGUCUAAAUUGUUUUUGCUUAAAAUUGGCAAGAAUCUUGGAUUCUCGCUCUAAAAUGUUCGAAAGCCUAAAAUUCAUUUAAAAAUUGACCGGAGCAAUAUAAUAAUCAUUUCACCUGAAGCUCAUAUUUAAACUGGAGUUGAAACGAAUCUGAACCAGCACGAAGUUCGGAAAAAAACGAUCUUUUUCAGUCUAAAAUUAUCCGAAAUCGACCACUGAGACCAAAAAAUAACCGGGCUUAAUCAUUUUUUCCUUCCUUGAAAAAGUUUUCAAUUCGAAAUUUAACCCUAAAAUGACCACUAAAUGAUUUCAGCAUACAUUUAAUCCAUUGGGCCCGGCACAAUUUUACGAUUAUGAAAUGUAUCCACACGAGGCGACAGCCCACGAGCGGGAAUCUUUCAAAUUCAUGGAGACGCCGGUAAGAGCUUUGCCUUCCACCAAAAGACUCUCUGGUUCGAUUCCCAACCACGUCUUUUUGCAGAUGGCUUUGAGUAAUCCAGUUUGGAAUAUGGUAUCCAAAGUCAGUGAUUUUUACCGAUGGAUGAGGCGUGUUCGUUGA